AUGCACCAGGACCUUGCCAACGUCUAUAACAGCGGCUCCGGGAAUAAUAAGAAGCGCGUGGUGAAGGUGUUAUUAUAUGCGCCCAUGGCUGACCAGUUCCUCUCGUCCAAGCUGGGCGCCGAGACCGUCCUCGAACACCUCCGUCCUGGCGUUGCGCACCAGUCCUUGCUCUUCUGGCGGCUUGACGAGAUGAGCCACUUGCCGCUCCGCAACAUCGAAACACAUAACGAGGUUGCGGGCGAGCCAGCGAUAUCAUCUCUCCCGUUCGUGGAUCAGACAUGGGACAGUUACCGUGACUUUGCUCGCCAGCAUGCCGUCGUGCAUCUGGAGGAUAACGUCGUGAGCAUACUUGGAUGGGCCGCGCCGCACAUGCUGUACCCCUCGGCCUCGCGCGAGUCUGUCGGCAUGUGGGCGGACUCGUUGGCGCUGAAUACGGACAGCAAGCUCUUAAUCUCUCCCAUUUUUGUCGAUAUGGACGUCGUGAUUUAUCGCGGCCUGCUCGGCUGCACCUCCUGGGGCGGUGAUUCAUACCGGGCUUAG